AUGUCUCGUAUUUUUGCUCUAGAUGAGUUAGGAACAUCAAGAGGACGUGUAAUACCUACUCGGCCUAUACGAGAAAUACCUGAUAUUGAUAUUGAUCUUGAUAUCGAUGAUUUAUCAGAUAGUGAUGUAGAGGAUAAAAAGGAACAAGAAACUCAAUUGCAAGUUGGAGAAGUAUAUAAUAGUUAUGAAACAUUGAAAAGAACUUUGAUUAAUGAGGAAUUUUCACCGGAAAUUUUAGAGUUUCAAGAUAGAGCUAUAAAUAAUUUAGAUAAAUUAAUACAAGAACAAAAUGCUAUUUCGAGUGAAAUGUUAUUAAUUCGUGAAAGAAAACCUUUUGGUAUGCUUCUGUUUAGUGAUAUUGAUCGUAUUAAAUAUAUUAUGGAAAAAUAUUUGCUAUGUAGAAGAGUUAAGAUUGAAAAUCAAGUCUUGAGCAUUCUCUCAUCUCCUAUAUAUAAAGGAAGAUUAUCCGAAGCCGAAUUAAGACACGCGGAAGAUUAUAAGAAAUUACUUGAAGAUUAUCUAAAAGCUGAACUUGGCAACAAACUUCCAGAAGAUUGUUUGGAGGAUGGUGUAAUAAAGACUUUUGAAAAAAGACCGGAUCUUUCGAAACCAGUAUUUUGUCGCGUUAUAAAACCUUUAGUUCCUAAGGAUUCACAAGACACUAAUUUAAAACACGAACCAGGAGAUGUUAUUAUGGAUAAAUAUAUGUAUAUGAGAGAUGCUCUCGAAGAUAAAUCCGUAGAAUUAAUAUAA